AUGGACACGGACACAGGUGCGCACAUGCGCGCACGCGUGGACACGGGCACAGGUGCGCACAUGCGCGCACGCGUGGACACGGGCACAGGUGCGCACAUGCGCGCACGCGUGGACACGGGCACAGGUGCGCACAUGCGCGCACGCGUGGACACGGGCACAGGUGCGCACAUGCGCGCACGCGUGGACACGGGCACAGGUGCGCACAUGCGCGCACGCGUGGACACGGGCACAGGUGCGCACAUGCGCGCACGCGUGGACACGGGCACAGGUGCGCACAUGCGCGCACGCGUGGACACGGGCACAGGUGCGCACAUGCGCAUGGACACGGACACAGGUGCGCACAUGCGCGCACGCAUGGACACGGACACAGGUGCGCACAUGCGCGCACGCAUGGACACGGACACAGGUGCGCACAUGCGCGCACGCAUGGACACGGACACAGGUGCGCACAUGCGCGCACGCAUGGACACGGACACAGGUGCGCACAUGCGCGCACGCAUGGACACGGACACAGGUGCGCACAUGCGCGCACGCAUGGACACGGACACAGGUGCGCACAUGCGCGCACGCAUGGACACGGACACAGGUGCGCACAUGCGCGCACGCAUGGACACGGACACAGGUGCGCACAUGCGCGCACGCAUGGACACGGACACAGGUGCGCACAUGCGCGCACGCAUGGACACGGACACAGUGAUUGUCCGUGAAGUAGCUGAUAUCGAAUUGGGCUGUAUCAGCACCGAGAUGAAUGAGUACGCCGGAACCUCCUUUCAUGGGACGACCUGUCUUAGCCUCGGUCCUGGCAGACUGAGGGAAGACUGGCAAGGGUUUCAACUAGCAGCGGAUCACGGAAUAGGAGCGGGCAAAUCGGCAGAUGAGAGGCAUGCUCGGCACGGCGCUUAUAGCCACAAAUCUUCCACGAAGACUGCACGUAAUCUAGAUUCGAAUUCGCCGCCAAAGUGA